AUCAAUCUGAAAAUUCUGCUAUCAUGUCUUCAAACAAAAAGUGCGUUCAUUUAACAGAUAAGGACUCUGUCGCUCGUAAAAGAGAAGUCAGAUCUGCUAAAUGGAGUAAAGUUCUUCUGAUAGUUGUUGGUGUUUCUCUUGUUUUUGCUCUGGGUGUCAUCUGUGUUCUCAGUUUACUCUAUGCGGGUAAAUUCGGACUGUGUGACAAAGUUAAAGACUGUCUGUACUCUUGUACUGAUUUCAGUGCUUCAUCUUGUAAGCUUUGUGAAGAGGGCUGGACACCACACAGUGGAAAGUGUUAUUUCUUCUCUUCUGUAAAUAAGACAUGGUUUGAGGCUCGUAAUUUAUGUGCUGCAUCAAAAGCUCAUCUGGUCACCAUCAACAGCAAAGCUGUACAGGUCUUCCUGGUGUCUAAAAUUAAAGAGACUCACUGGAUCGGUCUUAAUGAUCAGAAGACUGAAGGUCGAUGGGUUUGGGUGAAUGAUCAAACUCUUGAAGAGGCCGGAGUAAAGUUCUGGUUCAGUAACCAGCCGGAUAACUGGACUGGAGAUAAUCCAUCUGGAGAGGACUGUGCCUGUCUGGGAUUUAAUCGUGAAUUUUUAAAAUCUUGGUUUGAUGCAUCUUGCGAAUACAAGAAAAAGUUCAUCUGUGAAAAAAAAUUCAUUGCACUUUAGUGAUGACUGUAAUGACAGUCUCGAUCUUCUA